UUCGAAAAGUGAGUAGAGGUGGUGAAGGGUUUUUAUGAGAAAAUUGAUUUUGAAGAGGGUUUUAGGCUAUUUGGAGUAAUUUUUUGGCUUUGGAUGGAGGAUUUGGACCAGGGAGAAAGGAAUUAACCAAAAAUGUUAAUGAAAGAUUGGGCAGAUUGAAAAUUUUAAAGAGAGAAUUAAGAAACUACUUAAGAAGGGAAGAAACAAACCCUCCCUCAUUAUGAAAAUCCCUGAGAUUUUGAUGGCUACUGAUGAGUCAGUACUGUAUCAAAGACUAAUCCCAGACCAAAAUAUGGCUCUAAAUUUGAAAGGAAGUCCUUUCCUUUUUCCACCAAGCCUACUUAAAUCUCAAAAUCAUGAAACUUCAUUUAUCCAACAUCAGAAGAGGGCUUAUAAGGUGGCAUCAAAAUGAAAUCUAUCCUAUCCAGAAAAAGAACUUGAACACUAAGAUCUGAUUCCAGCCAUCUAUCACUCCAAGAAAAAUGUUACCUUUCAGGCUAAAGUUUCGCCGAAAAGAUUGUAUUAUCAGAGCCGCAAUACCAAUUUAAACUCACUUAAUUCUCCUUCUAAGGAUACACAGUCUCUUCAAUUUCCCGGACCAGCUCAGGCAAUGUCUGCAAACGCCAGAUCUAGGCAUCCAAGUAGAAACAGACCAAGGAGCAAUAAGGAAGAUUUGUCAAUUUUAUUCCAAGGCCAAUCCCUCUCAAUUAAGAAAGACAACCUUCAUAUUCUGUGAGGCACCUAUUAUUUGAGUAAUCCGUAAGAAAGUCUCUGGAAACUUUGAAAACAUUAGCAAUAUUUCACAGAAAGUUAAGAGAAUCGAAAGUAUUUGUAAAAUAGUAUUGAAUUAGGAAGAUAGCGAACACACUCAAAAGUCUGAUAGGCUUGAACAGUUUGGGUUUAGUAUGACAUUCAUAUCAUGUACUGAAAGAAAGCAGGUCUCAAUUGUUGGCAAAAUCAUCAAACUUUGACAGAGAAGAGCAGGGAUGGAAAAGGAAGUCUUGACUCACCUUUAGAUAUGAUCCAGUCAAAAUUCAAUGAUAUUCUUCGAACUUUAAAGUAGUAUAC